AUGAGAAUGAUUGCUUCGUUAUUCGACACAUUUGGAGAAUAUAUCAAGUUUUGGAUAGGCCCCGAUCUAAAUAUAGCUGUGAAAAAUCCCGCUGAUGUAAAAGUAAGACCAACAUGGCGCCUGCAUAGGAAGAUAGCUACACCGUCAUACAAUAAGAAAGCAGUUUCGAUGUUCAUGCAAGUCUUCAACGAGGAGUCGGAGGAACUCAUAAGGGUAUUAUCCAAAAAAGGACCAGAAACUUAUGAUAUUUACUACGAUGUUGUGCAACGUACAACUAGUACAGUUUGUCAAACCCUCAUGGGUGUGCCAAAGGAAGAAGUAGAUGAUUUGGAAUGUUUGCAAGAAGUCAUUGAGAUAACACCAAAAGUGUAUGAUUUAAUUUUCAAAAGAAUGACUCAAUGGUGGUUGCAAGUGCCUAUUAUCUAUUGGUGGUCAGGAAAUCUAAAAAUACAUAAAAACUACGCCGAGACAUUAAAUAAAUUCGUUGAAGAUCUAGUGGGCAAACGAAGAAAAGCAUUGGAGAAACAUGAGGGACCUGAAGAGAGCAUGGGCAUAGUGGACCGGUACAUACUUAGCGGAGAAUUGACCGACCAAGAGGUUAAAUGGGAAUCUUUCAGUCUUUUCACUACAGAAAGAGUAUACAACGAAGUUAUGGAAGUGAUUGGCCCAGAAGAACACGUCACCACACAACAUUUAAAGCAGCUGCAUUGCAUGGAUAUGGUGUAUAAAGAAACUUUGAGAUACUUCUCUAUAGCUGGCUUCAUACAGAGGACUGUCGAAGAAGAAAUCACUAUUAAGGAUGGUCGUGUAUACGCGACGGCUAUGAUCAAGACGAUGGUCGUUCACGUCAUCCGAAAGUUCUACUUUGAAGCUGAAGGGCCCGUAAAUGACAUUGACCUGGAAAUUGCGAUAUCAGUCAGGGCAAAGAAUGGAUACAGAGUCAGAACGAGACCAAGAAGCACUUACGGGAACCAUAAGAUGAAUGGCCUCAACAAUAACCACUAA